AUGAUGGUCCCAGAUGGUGCAUCGUCUUCCAAUGCCAACCAGGUCGAGGCUCAGCAGGCAGAAGUGGUCGGGCAGCCCUCCACCAUGGUCAAGGUUGCAGUGCCCACUGGCGCCACGCCGGGACAACAGAUCAACUUCACCUUGCCCAACGGCCAGCGUGUGACCACCUCGGUGCAGGAAGGAGUUCAGCCCGGGACUGUCCUGACCGUCGCAGUGCCCAGCAUGCCAGAACGCGUGGCUGCGGCUCCAGCGGCCUUCUCCACGGACGACCAUCUGGCCCAAGCACGAGAGGCCUUGCUCCCGCGCCCCACUGUUGUGAACGCCGUAGAGGCGGACCAACGCUGUGCGACCUUUGGUUGGAUCGUCUAUGGCUUGAGCUUCUUGGUCUGUUGCCUGUGCAGCUUCCCGGUGGCGCUGUGCAUUUGGGGCAUCGUGGCCUUGGACUACUUCUGCAAGCCUUACGAGGAGCGGCAGCGCCGCCCGCGCUCCUAUGCUCCCGCCUGCGCCUCCCUCGUCACCGCCAGCACCCUUUGCGGCCUGUGCCUGUGCUUGGCCCUCCUGGCGAUGAUGGGCAUGGCCUUUGUGGCCAUGUUCUGUGCCACGGACACGAACAAGACUGAGAUGUGCACAGUGGCCGCGGGCGUGUGGGGCGCGGGUUCCGUGGGGUGUUCCGCGGUCCGGAUGGAAGAGGCGGAGAGCGAAGCGUCGAGCCUGUGGGGGAAUGAUGAGCAAAGUGGCUCUGAGGCGUCCGACGAGGCGAAAGACUCUUCUUCCGCGGAGCCCGACGAGGCGAAGGACGAGCCGGAAGGCUCCAGCGAGGGCUCCAGCGAGGAAGGCCCCCCGAGCUCCGUCACCACGCUCCUGCCCGGCGGGCCGAGCGGCCGCCGCUCCUCCGUGCGGGCGGCGUCCGCCCGCGGAGGGGGGUUCGGCGGCAGCUUUGGGCACGGAGUCAAGGACCUGGUGGAGAUGAUGAACGCGUCGCUGAGCGUGGCCGAGGAACAGACGAAGGUGGACCUCCGGGAGGAGGAGUUCACGACGCCUGUGCCGUCGCUGCACAGCCUCCUGACCGAAGACCGCGGCGUUGGCGCGCCCGCGCCCAACCACGCGGGGAUCUUCGCGCCGCGCGCGAAGAAGCACGCCGGCGGGUGGCGAGAUCCCAAGAGCAGGCAGCAGCACUUCAUGAGCUUCGAAGCGUUGGCCUUGGGCAUGGGGCGACAUGAGAAGUCCAAGCGCAAGGAGACCCACGCCGAGAAGAGUUGGGGAGAAAUUGCUGGAAAGCUGGCGUAUGUCUUGACGAAAGUGGAUCAGGUGGUGCCCCCCUCGAAGCGCAGUCUCUUGAACGAAGCGCUGGGCGACCGCUCCGACGACGCGCCGGCCACGUCGCGGUCGUUGCGGUCGCUGCGGUCCGCUGGAUCGGCUGAGUUGCUGGAGAAGGUGGUGGAGUCGAGGGGGACCUUGGGAAGUGCCUUUCACUCUCUUCUCCACCGCGAUCCCAUGAGAAUGCUCAAGGAGGCGCUGGCGGCGCGCCUGGAAGGCAGCGGAGGGCUCUUUGCGCAGCAAGAGGAGACGGGACAACUCGAGAAGGACAUCAACCUGCGAGAGCAUCAGCUGGACAACCCUGAGAUGGUGGAUAUGCUCCUGCAGCGCUGGUUCGCCCAGCGUAGCUUCUGCGUGAAGAACGUGGGGGAUCGACGGCAGUUGGCGGAGACCUUCUGGAAGGUUCAACGGAAUUCCAAGCGGGCGCAAGGCCGCCGCUAUGUGCCCAAGAAGUCCAUCCGUGGGAAGCUGACCAGCACGGCCAGCCCGUUGCGCUCGUCCUCCUCGCUCUUCGUGGAUAAGAUGGAGACGGGCGCGGUGGAGGCGGAUCUCACCACGGAACGUGGGGUUCUGCUGGAGAUCAAGCGCGCCAUGAUCAAGCUGAAGCGGAAGUGUCGAGUGCUGGAGGGGCAAUGGGUAGAGGUGCCCCGAAUGACCCUGCCACGGCUGCAGAAGCGGUGCCGGGUGCUGCAGCUCAAGGUGGAUGAGACCUUCAGGCAAACGGAGAUUAUCAGGAAGAAGCUCUUAGAGGCCGACGAGCGGUGGACGCGGAUGCGCGAGGGCUCCGAGCCCACGCUGCUGGACCUGGAAUUGGAAGCUUGGGACAUUCGUGUGGAGCUGGCGAAGAGCGUCAUCCGAUGGGUGCGGAAGGAUCGCAAAGAGGCUCAGGUGGAAUGGAAAGCACAAAUGGCCAAGUACCACCAGGACAAGGUUCGAAGACGCGUCAAUUUCGAGAUGGCCGUGCACCGUUGGCGGGAAGAUGGCUGUCAGGCCCAGGUGAAUAGCAAUCCCUGGAAAAGCUCCUUGGCCUUCACCCCUGACGCCGUGAAGCUCGCCGACCUGGAGGGUGGCUUGCCGCGGCGCGUGCAGAUCGAGACAGCCUUGGCGGUCGCAGGGAUCACAAGGGGUCAGCUGAUCAAUCAGGAGAAGUUGAUCGACAAUCCAAACCGGCCGUUGACCAAUAGCUGGGAGCUCCUCCGAAGACAGUACAUGAACUACACUACUUUGCUCGAGGCGCAGCUCGAACUGUGGCUCCGGGGGGAGUGGCUCGGUCCCGUGUGGCGCAGCGUGCACGACGUCAGCGGGCAAUUGGUCACCUCCAUGGAUGAGGUCUCCGAGCAGCUGGCCACGCUGCGCGGCCGUGCGGAGCGCGACGUGCGGAGCCACGGAAGCGGCGACGCGAGGAACCUGGUGGCGAACCUCGGAGUGCCCGGCAGUGGGACGGUGCGCAGCCUGGCGCGGGGCAGCAGCUUCCGGACACGGAGCAGUGUGGCAGCGGGUGAUAGCAGGAAGUCGAUGAAGGUGAAGGAAGGCAGCCGUCCCGAGGUACGGAUGGAAGAAGCCCUCACCGCUGUCAUCGUCCACGCAGAGAAGGAACAUGCCUUCCUCCGCACCUUGACUGCCACGAAUGGCGAGCUGGCGGAGCUGGGCCGCUGUGGUGCGGAGCUCUCGGCGCUAGCGGCGCGGAGGCCCUUCACCUACGAGGAGCUCUGCGAGAGGUGCGAAGGCAGCUUCGGAGGCGGCGACGGACCGAGCUCUUCGGCCUCGCUGCGGGCGGUGCCGCCGACGCUGACCUUCGAGCUGUUGGAGCAGGGCAUUGAUCAGCCGGUGAAGGUGAUCCGCCGAAUCACACGGCUAUUGCAGAUCAAUUGGACGACCUAUUUGGUCAAGUGGGAAGUCAUCAUCUCCAAGUACAAAGCCGCCAGGGAGUCGUAUUUGGAGCACUUGGCAAGGCAGGACGAGCUGGCGAAGCAGCAACUCAUCCGAGACUUAAAGGAGAAGCCUCACCUCAAACAGGAGCUUUUGCAGAAGUCCUUGACAAAGAUGAGGGAAGCUGAGGAUAAAUUCUACAACGACAACGUGCAACCGCAGUUGCGCAGGUACAAGGCGGUGAAAGACAGCGUGUCGGAACUUCAGCGAAAACUCCAGGAGUUGAAGGCUAAGACACAAGACUUGCAGCAAAAUGUGUCCUUGUGCUUCACUCGGUCUUUAGAACUCGAAAGUCACGACGACCUCUUGCGGAGGUAUCAAAGCGAGCUGGAGGAUGAGAGACGGAGGGAAAGCGAGGUGAAUCGGCAGGUGGAAGAGGCCCAAGUGAGAUGGCGAUCAUCGAAGAUGCGGAUGAAGCCCAAUCUGGAGGAACUCAUCCCGGGCCAUCACAUCUUGGAGCAGUUGCAGGAUCCAAAGGCUCAGGAGAAGUUGGAAGAGAUUUUCUUCUUGAACGAGGCCACCCAGCCUCAAAGUGUCUUUUCGGAAAGAGAGCUUCUUGCCUGGAGACGUCGAGGGGAGCCGACCGCGGAGCCGACCGCGGAGGCGGCGAAGCGCCGUGCGGAGGCGCCGGCGGACCGUGCGGAGGCAGCGCACCGCGCGGCGACGCGCGAGUUGCUGCGGCUCUUGAAAGCGCUGUGGCCGCCCGAGGACGUCCAGGAGCCUGACCCACACGUCAGCGCCUUGGCACCGCCCAGUCCUUCAGUGCGAAGUCGGUCCGGCAGCCGACGCAGCUCGAAGGCAGAGACCCCUGCAGCACCUGCAAGUGCCGUGGACACUGCCGUCAUGCAGCCGGAGGCCCCGCCUCCCGUACUGCACCAGUCGGAUACAGAUGCGGGUGCCGGCGUGGCGGGCGCGGAGGCUGCCACGGGCGCGUCGGAGGCGCCGCCAGUGGCGAGUACAGAGCAAGAGCAAUACACAAGGGAGACGCAGAAGCCAAGCAUCGGCAGGAGGCUCUCGUGGCAAGUGCCUCAAGUGCCCCAAUCGCCUUCUUUGACUUCAAGCUUAAAGAGUGAAGAGACCAAAGACUUGGAUGAACGAAAUCCUCCUCAGGACACCAGCGCAUGUGGUGAUGAGACCGUGCCCGUCAUGCCCGUCGUGCCCGUCGUGCCCGUGGUGCCCGUGGUGCCCGUCGUGCCCGUCGUGCCCGCGACGCCAACGACGAGAGGAGAGCAGAGCAAGGCGCUGCCGCUGCCGCCCGUGGGCGAGAAGGACGUCGAGCAGAAGGAGGUCGAGCGGAAGACGAAGGAUCCGCAUCCCACCAGAACGAAGGAGCGAAUGGCCAGUGUCAGCUCGGCUGUGGAACCGCCGGUGGCAGCUCCUUCGACCCUGGCUGCAGCUCCUGCGGCCCCUCGAAGUGAUCCAGAAGUGAUCCAGAUACAGGAUUUGCCCAAGUCGAAUCGUAUGGCAAAGCACAACAGCGAUAACAUGGAGCAGGGUGAUGUUGCUGUGUCGGAGGACUUCAAACCAGAUCAGCUUGGGAAGGAUGAGCAGAGUGAGCUGGCCGAAGAGGAGAUUGGAGGUCCAGAUCAUCUCGAAGAGAGUGACUCGGAGCGACCACCGCACGAAGACGUGGCAAGCGAAGACGUUCUUCGAAUCGCCGUGCCCAGCGAUUCGCCGAUGGCGAGGAGUGAUCCGGGCGACAGCCAUGCGGUGUCCCCCAAUUCCGAGCGUGGAGCUCGAGCUGAAGUGAAGCUUCCACAGCGAGAACAAAGAAGCGAAGUGCAGCUUCCUGAGAAGAGAGAACUAGAGAGACUAGAGAGAUCUCAAGAUGAAGAAAAUCAGAUGCCAAUCGUGGUUGAUGUGGUUGAUGCUCCCGCGUCACCCGACCCGAUCGACGGGUCCGGCGCCAUCGGCGCCCGCCCCUCGGUGCACUUCGGCGACCCCGCGGGAACACCCGGCCGCGGUGCCCGCCGCUCGGUGCACCCGCGCCGCGGGGCGUCGAUGCGCUGGUCACGCGCGGUGACGGAGCAGGAGGACGAGACGUCGGUGAGUUUGUGGAUGAAGCAGGUGAGCCAAGCGCUGCUGAUGCACAGCGAGGUGGCAGUCGAAAUCGAAGCUGCACCUAAGGCUUCGACCACCCGCGCGCUGGCGCGGCUCCAGUCGCGCCGCCACUCGCGGCGCUCGCAGCUGGCGCCGCAAACCGAAGGGAGCAAGCUAGAAGGGCUGGUGGAGGCACUGAAAGCCACGAGUGCGGCUGGUGUGACUAGCGUGCCAAGGAAGAGGUUUUCCGCCCAACGGCCUCGGACCUCGCCCGCCGCAGACUUCGCCCUCGAGCCGUCGCUCUCGGUCGCGGCGUCGGCGGCGUCGGCGGUGCCGCGGGGCGUGGCCCCGCGGGGUCGUGCUGGUUCCAAGAGGAGGUGGAACAGGUGGACGAGUGGGAAUCUUGAAAGAAGGCAGACUGCACCGUCGAGGCUAAGUCUUAGUCGAGUGAGUCCCGCAUUGACGACUACCACCGCACAGUUCCGAGAUCGGCUGCCAACGAGAUCCUUUCACGGUGCUGGAAAACCCAUGGAUCCAGGUCUGGAGGCUUUCUUGUGGGGCCAAGUCACUCAAUCUAAGUUGUCAGCGCGCCAGCGAUGGCGACGGCUGCUGCAUGGGGAGUCUGGGACAGCCUCCGAGACCAACUUCGGUCAGCUGGAGACCAAGGCCUUGGGCUGGAGCCGAGCGCCUGCACUGUCAGCCGAGCGCCUGCCAUCGAAAUCUGCCAAGGAGGAGGGAGCGCUGGAGUUGAUGGUCCGUGGCGCCAGCCGCGGAGCGAGCGGGCGCGUGUUGAUUGGGGAGGGCCCUUGAGGCGCUCUGGGAAGCUUGCAACAGUGACUGCAGGACUGGUGCAGGCACCUGGACAGAUGUGGGGCCAUGAGAUUGCCGGAAGAUCUGAGUGAUGUUGGUGGCGAGCCUCGAAGAAUGUGGAAUUUUCACAUGCCCAGCAUGAGACAGGCUGAAGCCGAUCGAAGAAAACCCUGAAGGGCUCGGAGUGGCCAGUACAGCGACUGGUGAUCUGAAGCGAUAUCUGAAUAAAGACGCUCCAAGGCUUUUCUCAGUUCCAAGAGAAGCUGCAUGUGGAGGAGAAGGCGUUUCCCCGAGAAACGGCCCUCAGGCCCUGCCCCUUGAUUUGGGCUCGGCCAGCUUGACCACCUCCGCCGGUGGGCGGCCAUCAUUCGCCUCGGACACGUGUUGGAGGGGAUGGCCAAGUACUUCCAGGAUGCCCGUACGGGAGAAAAAAAGCAGAAGGAAGUGCGGCCUCCGUCUCGACGAGACGAGCGGAGAUGAGACGAGAGAUCGGAGACGAGCGGAGAUCGGUCGGAGUCCGCUAAGAUGAUCUGUGGUCACCGGCGCUUCCUGGCGUGGCGUGGCGGCGGAAAAGUGAACACCGCAACAUCAGAAGUGCCAGAAGCGUAUUUGUAUAUCGCUGCUUGUUGUAACAGCCACUGAUGACAUGCUCGCAGCCACUGGUGCUCGUCACCAUCCCGUCUAGAUCGAGAUCAAGUGGAGGGAGGAAAGCCAGAAGGAGAACCACCACCAAACGUUUUUGGCAGCAAUGUUUCUACAUGGAGCCAGCAGAUCUCGAACUGGGGAUUGUGACCCAAGCAAAGCCCAAAGAGGCUGCAGACAACCAGCAGGGUGUGGAGUGAGGAGGGACAGCAAGUCAGGUCUCGAGUUCGGCAGGUUCGGUGCCCUUUUCGACCUUUGGGAGGAUCUAAAUAACUCUGGACAGGUGACCAUUGUAGAAGUUACUUCAAAGUAGUUCCCCUUUCUCGUUUGUCAACACACCUGGAGCGUCACCAAGUUUGCAACGUGUCCGGGCUGGCUGAGAUCUUCUGCGAAUGCAAAGAUCCGGCACAGGAUCCGCUGCACGUCCCCGCGCGGCUGAACCGUCGGCACGACCCACAUAGGCCCGACGGUCGGACGGAACGGCGGUUUCACGGCCGAAAAGAGUGACUCGUGUGGGACUCGUUGUG